AUGGCUCCAUAUGAAGCUCUAUAUGGUAGGAAGUGUAGGUCCUCUACCAGUUGGUUUAAAGUCAGAGAACCAAAAUUAUUUGGGCCAGACCUUGUUCAUCAUGCUAUUGAAAAGGUAAAGCUUAUUCAGGAAUGGUUACGUACGGCUCAGAGUCGUCAGAAAUCUUAUGCAGAUAUACGACGACGAGAAUUGGAGUUUCAAGUAGCUUAUGAAUUGGAGCUACCAUCAGAACUGCAAGCAGUUCAUCCAGUUUUUCAUAUAUCCAUGUUGAGAAAAUGUGUUGGAGAUCCCUCAAGAAUCGUACCUGUUGAUGACAUCCAAGUCACAGAGAAUCUGACAUACGAGGAAGAAUCAGUUGUUAUUCUAGACCGACAAGUCCGCAACUCAGAAACAAAGAUGUGGCUUCAGUGA